AUGAGCCGCAGCCCGGAGAGGAUCUCGUCCUAUCGCCGUCACUUCGAGGACAGCAGCUGCUCGUCCUACCAGGUUAGGCUGGCCAGCCCAUCCCCCAGCAGGAGAGAGGCUCGACAGGCUUCUGCCGGCUUCUCCCGCAGCGGCGGAGCCAGCAGCAUGCGUGUGGAGACAAUGGGACGGAGGACUAUCUCGGCUGCACGCAAAUCCCGCGUGGCUGGAGCCAGUGCAAGUGCUGGGGCUUUGGUAUGUGUGGGCUUCGAUGGGCAGGCUGCCAUCGAUCUGGAUGUGGCUGCAGCCGAGAACCAGGAAUACCUCAGCACCCGCACAAGUGAAAGAAAGGAAAUGAUUGUCCUGAACGACAGGCUGGCCACAUAUAUUGAAAAGGUUCGAUCACUGGAGAAGCAGAACAAGCUGUUGGAGGCAGAAAUUGAGGCCUACCAGAAUCGCUUUGAGAAGCCAACAGGUCUGCGCCUCUUGUAUGAGGAGCAGCUGAAGGAGCUGCGAAAGAUUGCUGACCAGAUGAGGGUUCAGCGGGACAUGGCCCUGGCUGCUAAAGAGUCCACAGCUGCUCAGUUGGACUCAGUGAAAGUCAAAUAUGAGGAGGCAGUUGAGCUGAGGAAGAAAGCUGAAAUGCACAUUGAGGCCUUCCGUCCUGAUGUUGACAAAGCCACAUCUUCACGCAUUGCCUUGGAGAAACAACUGGAGCAGCUGGAAGUUGAAAUUGAAUUUCUGAAAAGGGUCCACCAACAGGAAAUUGCUGAACUCAUGAAGCAGAUAUAUGCAGCUCAUGUUUCGGCCGAUAGCACCUUCGCCAUGCCUGAUCUGGCUGCUGCCUUGAAACAAAUCCAAGCCCAGUAUGAUGAAAUUGCAUCCAAAAAUCUCCAGGAAAUGGAUUCGUGGUAUAAGAACAAGUUUGAAGACAUAACCAGUAAGACAUCAAGACAUGUGGACAAGGUUCGAAGCAUCAGAGAAGAAAUAGCAGGCGCGAAAAAGGAUAUCCAAAACAAAGAACAAGACUUGGAUUCCCUGAGGACCAAGAAUGAAGCUCUCGAGGCCAAGAUCCUAGAGACACAGGAAAAGUGCAAGAAAGAGUUGGAGGACUUGAAGGCACGGAUCGAGGCCCUGCAGCUUCAGCUGAAAUCCACAAAGGAGAAAAUUGCACUGCACCUGUGUGAGUACCAGGACCUCCUGAAUGUGAAGAUGGCUCUGGAGAUAGAGAUUACAACUUACAGGUGA